CAAGUCACUGGCCGGAAGUGUCGAUCAAGCGAAACAUUCUGCAACGCGAAAAGACGGCGUGAAAAUAUGUCUUAUAUCUUAUAUUAAACAUUUAGAAGGCGAUAAUAAAUGAAGGUACGUGGAAACCUGGCAUAGAGGACCCAUAUUUAAUGCGGAAGUCGAUAUUUUCGCAGAUGAGAAAUUGGACCCGUCAACCCGCUUCCGCUGGAUCUCCACGUGGAUCUGAACAUUCCCUGCGGAAUAACCGCGCCGAUCCAGCAGCAGGCGGUACCGUUUGCGGCAGAAGCCGAGCGAGCACGAAGUUCCGCGCAAAUGGAGUAAAAGCGACGUCUGCGGGACUCGCGCGGCUCGGAUGCCUUCGCCCCCCUCCGUGGACGUAAUGCGCUCAUUCUCCGCGGGACGCUGACCGGCCGACGUGGGGGGAAACAUGGACACCUCUUCAGAACUCGAAGACGGGACCCGCCACAAGAACCAGACGUUCUGCGAGCGCGUUCCCACCUCCUCGCAGCUCAAACAUCGCUGGUCCGACUCGGAAAGCGCCCGGGAGAUGCCGGCCAAGAGGAUGAGCUGCAGCUACCUCCUGUGCACCAUCCUGCUCUUCGUGGCCGUCCUGCUGGCCGUCACGGUGACGGGCACCAUCCUCUUCAUGAACCACAACCAGGCCCCGCCCAUGUCGGACGGCGUGCCGCACAUCUCCACCAACCAGGACGAGGCCAACGCCCUGGUGACGGUGGAGCGCGGCGACGGCUCCCGCGUCAACAUCUUCAUCGACCCCAACUGCCCGGACUACAGCGGCAACUUUUUGCGGCUGGAGGGGGUGCAGACCUCGCUGCUGCACUCGCUCACCGACCACGACUCGGACCUGAAGUCGGUGAAGGGCCAGGACCGAGCGCUGCUCGUCAGCCUGGCCGAGGAGGUGGCCAAGUUGUCCGCCCACGCCGGGCAGCUGAAGAUGGACUACGAGUCCUUGCGCCGGGGGCAGGGGAGCCUGGGUCAAGACCUCAACACGCUGCAGUCGGAGCAAGCCCGCCUCAUACAGCUUCUUUCAGACAGCCAGGUAAACAUGGUGAAGGUGGUCAACUCCGUGAGCGACGCCCUCAACGCCAUGCAGAAGGAAAACGUGGGGCUGAAGGCCCGCACCAAGGCCGACCUGCAGAGGGCGCCGGCGAGGGGCGCCCGCUUCAAAGGCUGCGCCAACGGCUCUCGUCCUCGCGAUUGCGCCGACCUCUACGCCGCCGGCCAGCGGGAGGACGGCAUUUACUCGGUGUUCCCCGUCCACCAUCCCGCCGGCUUCCAGGUCUACUGCGACAUGACCACGGACGGCGGCGGCUGGACGGUGAUCCAGCGCAGGGAGGACGGCUCGGUGAGCUUCUUCCGGGCCUGGGACUCGUACCGCGAGGGCUUCGGGAAAAUCACCGGCGAACACUGGCUCGGACUGAAGCAGAUCCACGCUUUGACCAUCCAGGGCAACUACGAGCUGCGCAUCGACCUGGAGGACUUCGAGAACGGCACGGCGUACGCCCAGUACGGCACCUUCGGCGUGGGCCUCUUCUCGGUGGACCCGGACGACGACGGCUACCCGCUGACGGUGGGAGACUACUCGGGAAACGCGGGCGACUCCCUCCUGAAGCACAACGGCAUGAAGUUCACCACCAAGGACCGCGACAACGACCACUCGGAGAACAACUGCGCCUCCUUCUACCACGGCGCCUGGUGGUACCGCAACUGCCACACGUCCAACCUGAACGGCCAGUACCUGCGCGGCCAGCACACGUCCUACGCCGACGGCAUCGAGUGGUCGGCGUGGACCGGCUGGCAGUACUCGCUCAAGUUCUCCGAGAUGAAGAUCCGACCGACCCGCGACCAGGAGAGGAAAUGAGGCCUCCCUCCCGCACCUCCCUCGUCUUCUUCUUCUUUUAUUUUUUUCGGCGUUUGGUUUUUUUUGGGGGACCACCUCUUGAUGUCUGCCCCCUUUUUGUCGCCUCUUUUUUUUUUUGUGAGGGGGGAAAAAAAUAAAUCUCUAUUUUCCUUUUUUUUUUUUUUUUUUUUUUUUUUUUUUUGGGCUUCGCCGCUAGCAAGGACCAAACGGGAAGCGGAGGAAGACGACGCCGCCGCCGCCGUGGAUCUCGUUUUCUCCGACCGUGGCCGUCGGGGGGAGCGCACGAGACCGCUUUGCGGGAUCGGGCCCGCCGGCUGAACGGCGGCCAACUGAUUCGGCGCACGCAGAUGGUAAUCCGGCGCCUUGCGCGUCCGCGAACGGCCAAGCGUUAACCCCCAGAAGAAAAAAAAAAUGCUAAUAAUAAUAAUAAUCCUCGAUUCAAUCGUCUGGUGUCCGGACGCUCCUUCUGUUGUGCCCUAAUGUCUGACCCGAAAUUUUUCCACAAAAAAAAUAUAUAUAUUUUGUUCCUUCCUUUCAUGCGAAUGAGGCAAAACACCGUAUGGAUAUAUAAAUAUAUAAAUAAAUAUGAAAUAUAUAAAUAGAAGAAUAACGUCACACAGACAAAUGGUGCAAUUCAGAUUUGUACGUCGUCUUAUUUUCGUUUUUAUGAAGGUGUGUCUUAAGGGCCACACAAGGAAAGAAAAAUUAAUAAUUAUAAUAAUAAUACACCACGAGGAUAAAGUUGUCAAGAAGAAAAAGUACAUUUUGGGAAAUUACCUUUUUAUUUUUAGCUGGGUUAGUCUUUUUUUGGGGGGGGAUGAAAGGAGUGUUUAAAAAAAUGUAAUUAAAAAUGGACUUAAUUGACAAAAAUAUUGCGCAUUUUCAGCAAAUAAAAAAAUGACUUGUUUCUCUUUGAUAACAGCUUUAUUCUCGUCAUUUAACGAUUAUUUUUGACUUUCCGGUGCGGCCCUUUCCCUCCUUCGUCCCUUUCUUUGGAUGUACUGAAAGCUUUAAAAAAAAGAAAAAAAAGAAAAAAAAAGUGUAGAUCCGACUGUACAGUGUACGACUUUUAGAGCAUGUCUGUUUUUUUCAUACGAUGCUUAAAAAAAAAUGAGCUGAACACAUAAAAAAAACGGGGGCGGGGAAACGACGAAAAUGGACAAGGCGGGGUCGUCGGACUCUCCCUGGUGGCGAUAUGGAGUACUGCGUCGAGCCCCUAAAGCACACAUCCCAAACGUACUCGCGUACGCACACAAAUUUGCAAACGUACACAAAUCCCUUCCCCCACCGCUGAUGUUUUGGCGACAAACAAGCGAAAAAAGCCGGCGGAGCGUGGCCGGUGCGCAGACGCGCGUGUGCACAUGUUGGAAAUGUGAACACGUGCGCAAAAAAAAAAAAAAAAAAAAAAAAGGACCACAAAGAUGGAGCCGGGCCGCUUCCGCACGUACGGGGGAGGUUUUUUUUUUUUUUUUUAUGUUUUCAGUUUUUGUCCAAAAUGUGAAAGUUGUUGAAGGAACCGCUGCUCGUUUUAAGCCAAUCGGAAACAGGAAGAAAGUCGCUUCUGGAAAAGAUGCAAAAAUUAAUUCCAGUGGGACGAAAUAUGGAGAUUAGAUUUUUUUUAAAUAUAUUAGCUCAUUGGCAAAUAUUCAAACUUUUGAAUGAAAAUUAAAAUGGAUUAUUAGUAUCUUUUUGCUUUAUUUGUUGUUUUUAUAUAAUCCAGGAUAUGUAUUAUUUUUGAAUUGUUAAAUAAUAAAAAAACAAAAAUGUCUAUUUCUAGUUAAAAAGCAUAUGAGAAAGCAUACGUUUCCUUAGUUUGUUAAAU